AUGAAUCCCCUUUAUGCUAUUGCCAUUUCAAUUUUCCUUUUCGUUCGUUCCAGCCAAGGAAUCGAAAUCAUGGCUGCUGACGAUGAAACCCCUGGAAGUAUGUUCGAUGAUACUGUUGACAAUGCCAAGACAGGAAUGAGCAGUAUGCGCGAGAAGGUCACCGAUGCUACUGAUGAUAUGAAGGAAGCAUUCUACAGCAAAACUGAAAAGAUGGGUGACAAUACCAAGACAGGAAUGGACAAUCUACGCGAGAAGGUCAUCGAAGCCGCUGGGGAUAUGAAGGAAGCCGUCAGUGGCAACACUGAAAAGACGGUUGACUCGUCACCCAAGUCUACUGAGGAAGCGGGAUCGCAAGUUGGUGAUGCGAUCGAUUUGGGUGUGCAAUACGUUAAGGAUGCCACCAAGGAAAGGAGUACCUCUGAAAAGAUUCGUGAAUCUGCGAAGGAAGCCGGAUCAACACUUGGCGGUAUGAUCGAUUCGGUUGUGCAAAAGGUUAUGAAUACCAUCAUCAGGCCCGAUGACAGUGCAAAGUGUAAAUCAAAUAUCUGA